AUGGACUUUGAUCACAAGGAUGAGACAGGGCGGCGGGAGGGGCGCGAGGGGCGCUAUGCGUACAUGUUCCGGAUGGGUAGCCGACGCUUCCUCUUCAUCCGAAACUUCGGGCAAGGGAUAGAGUCGGUUGCGCAACUAGUCGAGGAUGUAGACACGGGAGAAGCCCUGAUCCGCAAGGUGAGUGCCGAGCGCUUGCGGCCCAACCGCGUCUCUGCGAAAGCACUGGCGGGGUUCCGGCCCAAGAAGCCGCGCGAAAUCCGCAUCUUGGAACUGAUCAAAGGGACGUUCAGGGCGGCCGACCCGGGGUUCCCAUGCUACAUCGUGGAAUGCUUGGGUCACGAGUUCAUCAAAUCAACCGACACUGACCGUCUGGGGCGCCCGAAGUACCACUCGGUCUCGUACUGGAAGCUGUGCAACGGCAGCUCGGUCCGCUCGCGGUGGCUGGAAGGCGACUUCGUGCCUCCUAUCAUAGCCGUGGCGCGCAUGAUCCGCCAGGUCUUCAGCACGCUGCACUACCUAUACACGGGGGGAGCGCGGCCCAUCUACCACGACGACCUGCACUUCGGCAACAUCUGGAUCCACUGGCGCGCAGACCAGCUGCUUCCGGACUUCUACUUGGGCGAUUUCGGCAACGCCGGGGUCGCCGAUCCCCAGUGCCAAGAUCUGUAUCUCGACACGGAAGCCUACGUCGCGCGCCCGGUCGACGACCUGGACAAGUUCUCGCGCAGCCUGGCCCUCCUCCUCGACAUCAUGGGCAGCCGGCGGGGCUACGGCGAUCCCGGGGUAAAGGCGCUGAGGCGUCUGGCCUAUGACAUCGACAGCGUCAUCGUACAUCUGAAGGACGCCCCGCCGAGGCAGCCGCCGCCCGACCUCAGGCCGUUUAUCGACUGGGCACGGGAUAUCGAAGCGUCGUUCUGUGAGGGCGGUGACGUCGACGAGACGCUCUCCGAUGCCUACAUCAAAUGGAUCACGGAGGAGCGCGACACGGCACUCAGCGUGGAGCGUGAGCGCGCCUUGGUUGUGCACGCGACCAAGGAAGAAGCCUUGCGUUCCCGCUGCGGCAAGGCCCUGGCCGACGGGUUCGAGUCGGUACCGGUCGCCAUCCACGGCCCCUGGCACCUUGUCCGGAUCGAGUGCGUGCUGGCAGAGGAGGACGAUGGGAGAACGCACCACAGACCCAACGGUCACCGUCUCGUCGAGGACAUGUCCACCACCGAACGGGCUCCGGGCCAGGUCGAGCCCAGGUUCCUCGAGACGGAUAGCUCGGCCGGCAGCAUCGACGACGCCUCGGCCAACUUGGCGUCCACAACCACCACCCACAGUGCUUCUCGACCCGACAGCCCCGACGACGCGCAGGAGGAGGCGGCAUCCCCGGCCUUCUCCUGGACCGAGGGGGAUGAUGCCGGAGGCCUCUAUGCUGAGCCAUGCCGCAGGUAUUCCUGGGUUUCGGGGGACGAAGAUGCUUCUUACUUAACAUCAUCGGCGCACAACCCUGGCGGCAUUGCUGGUGUCGAAGACUAUGACUAUGACCAUAACCUCUUCCACGACAGGUGCAAGGCAUACUUAGAACUCGACAAGCUCGCCAAAGCGGCCGAAGAGAAAAGGCAGCUGUCCAAGACAAAGAAGCCGCCUUCCAAGAAGAAGAAGAAGAAGAACGCGCCGCCCACUGCACCAACAACGGAAGAUUUUGUGGAGCGGUUUGAGGAAAGGCUCAGACUCUGGCACGCCCUCCUCCACGGCUCCAAGUGUGCUUGCCCCGAGGAGGUCUGGACUGCCGGCAUCGAAGCCGCGCUGAGGAAUGAGAAGAUCCGCUACUAA